AUGGCGGUGAGCCUGCGACGUUGGACUGCUUGGCUUUGCAGCAGGCUGCCCCGUGCCUAUGGUCUGGCGGGCUUCGUCCUUUGCUGCGUGCUGCCCUGCAGGUGUUUAGAGCCAAGCCCCAAGCAGUCUCAGCAAGAUCUCGGAUCUCGAAAGGUUUUGCUCCUGGGAUUUGAUGGCGCGGGGAAGUCGGCCUUCCUUUGGCUGGCAGAGCAUCCCACAGCCACCCAGCUGCCGGCGGAGCGGCUGUUGGCCACACAGGGCGCGGCGCGGCUGACGCGGAAGGUGCAGAUCACAGCGGGGCUGUUGGAGUUGGAUCUCUGUGAAGUUGGAGGCAGUGAGACUUUGCGGAAAUACUGGCAGCACUACGUGACCAAAGAUGUCCGGUGCAUUGCAUUCUUCGUGGAUUGCACGACGGAGGAUCGACUGGAGGAGGCCAUCGAUGCGGUUGCCGCUCUGCCUGUCCGGAAGCUGCUGCUCGUGGGCACAUGCCAAGCUUCUCGUGCCGGUGCGGGUGCGGGUGCGGAGGCGCCCCAGGCGCCCGCCCCGCGCUUGGCGCGCUUGGCAGAUGUCCAGCAGCGUUUGAAGCGCCGAGGUCUUGAGGUUCCUGGGUGCGCCUUGCUUCGCUUCACUCGAGACGGAGUGGAUCAGCUGCUGCAGGAGCUUGCGACAGUGGCGGCAUGA